GAUUGGACGAGCUACAGGAAGUGGGAAGACGGCUCACGCUCUGGGAAAAUACAACGGUUCUACUUCAAAUGAACUGUGUUUUUACCUGAUUUUUACCUCGUUUUUAGUUCUAUGUGAAUUGCAGCGAGUGUUCAUUUGAAUGGAAUUUCAAAAUGUUGUAUAUAACACCUGUACACAGUUUGUUUUGUUAUGUUUCAUUGCGCUAAAAGCAGAGCGGCUGUCAGACGACGGAGGCGGCUGGUCUGUAAUCUCAGAUUUCAGAUUACAGGAUGAAGGUCCUUGUAACAUCGACGUGUUGGACAGCUCUCUACUCUCAUAUCGACAAUUUAUUGAAAGAUAUGCCUACAGCAGACCAGUGAUCCUGAGAGGCCUGACCGAUAACACAAAAUUCAGGACAUUAUGUUCCAAGUCAAGAUUACUAGAGGAAUAUGGAGAGAGGAGAGUGCGGCUCAGCACAGCUAACACUUACUCUUACAAGAAAGUGGACGUCCCGUUGCAGGAAUAUGUGGACAUUUUUCUAAGACCUCAAUCUGUGGACACACUUGGCAGCGACACGCUGUAUUUUUUUGGAGACAACAACUUCACCGAGUGGCAGAGUUUGUUUGAUUACUACAAGUCUCCGCCGUACGUCUUACCUCACACCAGCGGAGCAUACAGCUUCGGGAUUGCAGGUCCAGGGACAGGAGUCCCCUUUCACUGGCAUGGUCCUGGUUACUCUGAGGUCAUCUAUGGAAGAAAGCGCUGGUUCCUCUACCCACCAGACCAGGAGCCUCAUUUCCAUCCGAACCGGACCACUCUGUCCUGGUUGAUGGAGACCUACCCUAAUCUGCCCGAGGUGGAGGCCCCACUGGAGUGCACCAUCAGGCCUGGAGAGGUUCUGUAUUUCCCUGACCGCUGGUGGCACGCCACUCUCAACUUGGACACCAGCGUCUUCAUCUCAACCUUCCUCGGCUGAGCCUUACCUUAGGUCCUUCUUUGUUUUUUCUUUUGUUGUUGUUUUAAAAAUCUUUUUUACCACAGUUAUUCUCCUCUCUUAACUAGAAGAAAACAUUGAUUGUAAAUAAGAAUAUUAUGCAAAUAUGGUCACCUCUGAUUCCAAAAAAGGAAUGGCAACGGCCUUAACACCACAAACAAAUGUCCUCAUAUUGGUUACGUUCACUGCUUAUGAUGUCUACAGAGACAAGAGGAGAGCAGUGACUCAACUGAGCAAACCGACAGAGUUAUGAACUGUGAUAUUUAGGCUCAUGUUUUAAUUUGAAGCACCACAGUGACAUUCCAGGUGAACCUUUUUAAGUUUCCUUUAAUUUAACAGUUGUUCUAGUGUUCUGAUUAAUAAUAAUGUGUAUUUAAAUGACCAAAUGAGCUGAUGAGACAAAGUCCUGAUCUGAGGCUUUUCAAGUUAUAUUUCUGUCUCUACUGUUUUAGGAUCAAUUACAGAGUUACCCUAAAUGACUUUUAUCCUUUUGUUUGUCUUCCUUCAAGUAUUAAAUAAAAAAACAAAACAAGCAGAAAAAAAAAUGUUUGCAGAUAUCUCUUUUUUGUUCAUGAAGCAGAUGAAGAUUUAACGAUUUUACCACAUAUUACAUUUGCAUUGUCUGCCUAGGUGUUUUCGUUUAUGCAGAGCUAAAUGAUAACAUCACAUGUAAACAAUGUCACAUUGCCAAUACUAAAGCAGCUAUGAUGUGUGUAUGUGGUUUAGCAUGCUAUAUCCUGCUAAUAAACGGUUAACACUGAA